AUGUCGGAAGUGAAAGACCCGAAGAUAAAGCUUUUCGGUAAAACCAUAGGGCUGCCGGAGACUGUUGAGGCGGCGGCGGACGGGAUUUCUGAUGCGGCUGCUCCUCCGUCUUGUGAUGCUCAGACAGGAAGCAGCGCGAACCAAAAGCCUUCGAGUUCUAUUAUGAUUCAAGAUGGCGACUUUAAUGGAGAUGCAGAUGACCCUGAUUCGGACGAGAGGCAACCAGUCCCAGGACAAGACGACUCAAAUGAACAAAACCAAGCCCACCAUUCACCCUCAAGCGAAUCAAAUGCCACUAAUGCCCCUACACCAUUAGCCGAAGGUUCAAAAGAAGACCUUAACGAGCUAAGCAACUCGAAUGAGAAAAUUCUAAAGAAGCCCGUCAAGAUACUCCCGUGCCCCCGUUGCAAGAGCACGGACACAAAAUUCUGUUAUUUUAACAACUAUAACGUGAACCAGCCAAGACACUUCUGCAAGAAAUGCCAGAGAUACUGGACAGCUGGCGGGGCCAUGAGGAAUGUUCCAGUAGGCGCUGGUCGCCGUAAGAACAAGAACCAGGCAACCUCUCAAUUUUGUCCUGUGGCUGUCUCGGAAGCCCCCCAGGGGGAUCCCAGUGGAACUAGUUUCCUUGCCUUUGGUUCGGAUACUCAUGUGCCUCUAUGUGAAUCGAUGGUGACGGAUUUGAAUGUUGGCGGCAAAAAUAUUGGGACUAAGGAGAGCAACGGGCAUGUACGCUCGAGCGAGCCUUGGAUGGACGAGAUGGGUGAAAAGCAGCUACCUAUUUUUCAUGGGGCCCCUUGGCCUUACCCAUGGCACUCUGUUCAGUGGAGCCUACCAAUGGCGGCUUCGCCAACUUUUGCCCAGGCAAACUUUCUGGGGCAGUUCUACUCUACAGCACCUCCUUAUUGGGCCGGGCCAGGUUUAUGGAACGUUUUCCCUCCCGCACCAACCUCAAGUUCCAGUCCGAAUUCCCCAACCCUUGGGAAGCACCCGAGGGACGAGUGUUUUACUGCUGAUUCAGAAAACGAACAAGAAAAACUAGAGAGUGAUGCUGAUAAAUGUUUUUGGGCACCGAAAACUUUGAGAGUCGAUGAUCCGGGAGAAGCUUCUAGAAGCUCCAUAUGGUCGACUUUAGGUAUAAAUAAAGACGUAGAUGGUGAUUGUCAUGAUAUGGGCGUAAGUGAUGGUGAUGGCCUUUUCAAAGCUUUGAAGAGGAAAUCCGAAAACAAUGAUGAUAGGAAUCGAGCUCAUGAAGAAAGCUCCACCUUUUUGGUGGCCAAUCCAGCGGCUUUGUCGAGAUCCGUGAGUUUCCAUGAGACGAGUUUCCACGAGGAGAGCUCAUGA